CAUUGGAAGUUGUCAAUUGUCAGGUUGGCCUCGUCCUCAGGACUGCAAGGCUUAGAAUUCAGCUCUGUUUGCAAAUCUUUUUACUUUUCGUUUUGAGAUUGAAUUGGUCCAUGUGAAAUUCCUAUAUCUCGAGCAUGCCUUUAUUAUAGCUCGAACAGUCGAACUGCAGGAUCUCUUCAGUUUCUAUCCGUUCUCAAAUCGGUUGGUUCUUUUCGCUGUGUAUCUUUGUAUUGUCAGUUCAGGUGGAUCAAACUUGACUGUUUAGUCUAUAGCAGCAGGCCAGGAAUGUCGUUUGAGUAAGCCAAAUGGUUUCUAAAAGAGAUUGACCACUAAACUAAUGGACAUAAGACUUCGAAUUCUCAAAACAUUUAGGUGAAAUUGUUCUUAAGAAGGGGAACAUGAACACAGGAAAAAGGCUACAUAGAGCCCAGGACUUGUUGGAGGUUGAGUAUGUCCGGAGCAGUACCAGACUGAAAGCAAAUAUUCAGAAGUUCAGAACUGAACUCCUUCCUUCCCCUCGGCUCUCCCUCCUCCUCUAUCUCCCAUGCUGUACUUCUAGAGCUACUUCUGCAUUCAUCCACCUCCAGCCCUGUUAGGCUGAGCCAAUCAGCCGGUUGGAGCUGGCUGAAAGUACUGUAGCAAUAGGACUUUUACGAGGGGAGAUGCGCCGAGGGAAGUUGAGCCAAUCAGCGACCGCUGACACUGCACUGAGCACCAUGCGGAUCAUAUGCAACGGAAGCAAUAGCUACUGCACACCCAAGAGAACAACCCCAAAUCCAUGGGCGACGGGUGAAAAAUCACAAGCACUGAGGCACGGUUACGCCCGGCAGCAGAGCUCUCCGAGUCACCGGACGCGAACAAGCAGCAUCCCUGUGGCGCGACGUGCCAAAGCCGGCGGUCGGCAGACGCACGGCGUGUUAGGCGGUUAACCUAUGCGCGCGUCGGCAUCGUCCCAAACGCGCACGCGCCGUCCGGCCCCGCCCGUUUCCUUUCUUGUGCAGCCGAGUGCGCCGGCGCGGCGGCCGGUGGCUCGGCGCUUCCCGCGCCCGCAUCUGGAGCGAGCGACCAACCAGCGAGCGCCAUCCACGCGCCCCUCGCCUUCUUUUAUACCGCCCGCCUCCUCCCGUCCUCCGCUCCACCCGCCCGCCCAACACCCCCAUUGCCGUUGCCUCCGUCCGAAACAGCCGCGGCCGACGCGCGCGCGCGCUGGCCUGACCCCGACCCCCCGCGCAUGCGGCGGGACGCCGUCGCCGCCGCGCCCACGGCGGCCGGCGCCUCGCCGCCGAUCGCCGCCGCCGUGCUCCCGACGGGCGCGGUGGUCAUCGACGUCGUGGGGGCGCCGCCGCUGGCGGAGCCCCCUGGGGUGGGGUGCCGGAUCUGCCAACUCGGAUCCGAGGACGGCGGCGGGUCGGCGGCGCCAGGGUCCGAGGUGAUCCGGCUCGGCUGUUGCUGCAAGGACGAGCUCGGCGCCGCGCACCGGCAAUGCGCCGAGGCGUGGUUCAGGAUCAAGGGCGACAGGCGCUGCGAAAUAUGUGGUUCAGAUGCCAAAAACAUUACCGGGUUGGAAGUUAAAAAAUUCAUGGAGCAAUGGCAUGGCCGAAGAAUGGCAAACAUCCAAACAACAGAGAGGGAAAACCAUUGUUGGAGACAGCAGCCCUCCUGUAAUUUUCUGUUAGCAAGCUUACUGAUUAUUUUUAUGCUACCCUGGUUUCUCCGUGUAAAUUUGUUCUGAUUUUUGCGGCCACUAUUGGGUCAUGUGGAUUCACAGCUUGUCAACCUGGCUACCAUCCAAAGGAUGGAUCGUGUAGAUAUUUGUAGGCAGAACCACAGCACAGAUCCUGAAAAAUAUAUAUUUCAAAAUUUUCCAUA